UUCAAACCACCUCCGUCACCAAGUUUUGCCUCCCGAUGGCAAUUAGGACUUUAGGAAGACCAAAAUUUCCCAUCCAACUAAAUUCAAUCCACAAUUUUAACCAAGAAUUCCCAAACCCAGUAUUCAAACAAUUCUCCACAGAUCCAAAAAAAGCCCUAACUUCGAUCCCGCGAAAAUCCCAUGAAAGGAACCUAAUUUCCCUUUCAGGUCUCUUUCGCAGGUAUGGUUUUCAACCAUCUCAAAUCAGCAAUUUCCUCAAAAGUAAUCAAUUUUUACUCAAUUUGAAGCCGUCCCAUGUCCAAAAGUCCCUCAAAAUUCUCUUAUCUUUGAAACCCUCACAAGAAUUUCUUUCUUCUGUUGUAUAUAGUUGUCCUAGUAUUUUAGACUUUGAUUUUCUUGAAAAAUGGGAAACCAAGUUUUCUGAUAUGGGAAUCUCUAAUUUUACAUCUUCAGCCAUCAGGAAUAUUUUUGAGGUUUCUAGGAGAUUUGAGUUGGGACCAGAUGAUGCUUUAAGGUGUGUAAUGUGUUUAAAAGGUUUAGGGUUUAGUGAGAGUACUGUGGUUAAUGUUUUGGAGGCAUUUCCCUUGGUGAUCAUGAUGGAUGAAGAUAGAAUUCGCGAUAAAAUGGUAUUCUUGAUGGAUAUUGGUUUUGAAAAAGAUGAUGUUGAUCGUAUUAUUCGCCUGUUUCCAUUUUCUAUGGCAUUUGAGGUUGGGAAAAAGAUGAAACCAUUGUUUGAUGAAUUUGAGGAUCUUGGUUUUAGCUUGGAUGUGGUUAGGUGGGAGGUCCUUAGAGACCCUCGAGUGCUUGGUAUGGAAGUUGGUGAGCUUACACAGUGUUUGAAAAUGCUGAGGAGUUUGAAAUGUAGAACUGUGAUUAAGGAGAAUAUUUUCCGUAUUGGAGCUUUUAGGGCCGGGUAUGAAGUGAAAAUGAGGGUUGAUUGUUUGAGGAAAUAUGGGUUGACAUAUAGGGAUGCUUUUACAGUGUUGUGGAAAGAGCCAAGGGCACUCCUGUAUGAGAUAGUGCACAUUGAGAAGAAAAUUGAUUUUCUUCUGCAAACUAUGAAAUUUGAUGUUUUCUGUCUGGUUCAAGUUCCAGAGUACUUGGGGGUAAACUUUGAGAAAAAGGUUGUGCCCCGAUACAAUGUGAUAGAAUAUUUGAGCUCAAGUGGUAGGCUUGGGGAUGAAGUAGGAUUGAGGGGCUUGAUUAAGCCUAGUCGGUUGAGGUUUUACAAUCUCUAUGUGAAGCCUUAUCCAGAGUGUAAGAAAUUAUAUGGGAGAUAUGCAGCAGCUGAAGUUAAAAGUAGGCAUCCAGCUGGAAUGUGGAAGCUUUUCCAACCACAAAAGCAUUCAGAAUCUAGAGAAGAUGUUGAAAACAUCAGGUCUUUCAUGGAGUCUAUAACUUAGUUCAAGGUUUUGUAUGAUUUCCCAGACAAAUGCUAGGGAGAAUACUAGUUGUAUAUCAGUUUAAGGCUUGAUAUUGAUCAAGAAUACAAGUUAAUAGAAAAUAUGGUCUGAAAGAAAAUCAUUGUCACUAUGAUUCAACUUCUUCAAGGAAAAGACUUCAAUGUCUUCAAAUAUUGCUUUCUCCUCUAGCUGAUUUACUAAGACAAAUGGAUCAUUCCAUUGCACUCAGGUGUCAUGCCACACUGUAAAAAAGAGCUAAUCUUGCCUUUCAUUGUUUUGUGAACUUUUCUCAGAGUUAGGCUUAUCGUUUCAGUUCAGUAGAUGAUUGGAUGUGGGAGGCACUGUGCUUAUAUCAUGAAGAUACUUCCUGUCAUUGCAGGUCAGUGCUGUUUUGCUUUACUGGAACUGAAGUUGGGUUGCUAUUAAAAAAGACGAUGUGCUAUCAAACUGACUUUCUUUCUGGUUAAGAGUUAUAUUUUCAAUGACACACUGAUUGCCAAGAUGUAAUUUAAUGUGACAGUGCUCUGUUAUGUCAACACUCACACACACACAUAAUAUCAAACAGCUAUUGCUGAUCGAACAAUUCAAUUGCUCUUUGUCUGUGUGCAUGUGGAGCUGUAUAUAUCUUUGGUUUAUGAUUCCAGAACUUGGAAACUGUUCAUUUGUGAAGGCUUCUUGGGUGUGUGGAUUAAGUUAAAUGGGAUUGACCUUAAUAUUUGUUCUUUCUGGCAGUUGUAGGCAUCAGUGCUAUCCAAAUGCAAUGGUCUUUUUACUCGAGUGCUUGUCAUUUUAGACAAGAACUUCCAGCUUCUGAAGUACUAAAUGUUGAUCACCUUCAAGAAAUAAUUGUUGCAUCAUUUUGCAAGGUUAUUGAGAUCGUGCAAUUAAAAAAAAAAAUAAUAAAUAAACUGCAGAUAAAGAGAUGUAGAGAGAGCAACAGAAUAUGAAAAAGGGGGAAGGUGAAAUAUUUGAUAAACAAUAAUCUGAUACCUUUUUUGGUUGUAGCCAAUUAGGCUUGAUUAGUCAUGGUUGAGACAGGAAACAAUAAGGAUUGAGUUUUUUUUUUUCCUGCUGCUGCUUAUUAUUCUUUAAAUGCUCAACUGGGUUUGGAGGUUUCUGAGCAUGUGUGAAGACUAUUUGGAAUCAUUUUCUGAAAUUUACAUUUUUUUGGAAUUUUUUAUUUAGAAUUAAUUGUGUAUUGUGGUGGUGAUUUUUUUGUUUUUUUUAUCAUACUUCUUAUGACACUUACUUUUUACCCAACUACAAUGUUGUAGGGAGAUAUAUUAUCUAUUUUGCUCUUAUUUUGAUGUGUGGCCUCUAAUUUAACAAUUGUCCUUUUUGUAAAUUGUCUUUUGUUCUCUUUUGAUCAUAUAUCAUUGGUCUGCUUGUCUUGGCUUUCUUUCCACCAAAGGUCAUUGGCCUUUCAUUUCCCACCUUUCUGUGGAGUGGAUAACAAUAUAAAAAUUUGGUCAAUAAUAGUUGAAGUGCUGAUAUUUUCCUGAGUGUUCCUAAAAUUUAGGCUUCAUGUCAACUAAUCAAUCAUAUUUUUGCAGGUUUACAAAGUUUUUUAGUUUCAGAAAUUUAGCAUGAUCCAUUUAUAGUAUGGACAUUAUUGGCCUAACAUAAGACAUAAAUAAAGGAAGGUAUGAAAUCAAUAUACAGCUACUGGUUUCAUUAGACAGUGGAAACUAUUGUAGUACAUGCUAUCAUCUGUGUACAGAUAUUUUUUUCCUCAUAUUCAUUAAUCUUGUGAUGUAUCUUAGCAGGGCAAUCAAAUAAUGUUCAGCCAAACUGCCAGAGAAUAGUUACUCAUGAUUGCUGAGGUGUGCAUGCGAGAAGAAUUCGAGUUAUUGGAGAAGUAACAUGUAAUGAUCGCUGCUCAUGGGAACCUUUGGGAUCAGUCAUAAUGUAUCUUGACAAAGCUAACUUCCCAAGAGGUUAUAUAGGUUUGGAACUUUCUACUGGUACACCCAUGCUUUACGAAUUCGAGGAUGGAAGCCUAAUUCAAAAGGGAAACCCAGAGGCACCAAUGCUGGGGUUCAUGCUUAACACUAG